AAUUCAAGCUCUACGGAGGCAGGAACCAUGCGGGGUGUGGUCCAUGAGCGCAUCCCCAGGGCCGUACUCCACACUCGGCAAAGCUGGUUGACGGAAGGAAGAAGCAAAUCCUUAGGAGAAGAUGACCGUGUUCUUUAAAACACUUAGAAAUCAUUGGAAGAAAACAACAGCUGGGAUCUGCCUGCUGACAUGGGGAGGCCAUUGGCUGUAUGGAAAACACUGCGACAACCUGCUACGGAGAGCCGCCUGUCAAGAAGCUCAGGUGUUUGGCAAUCAACUCAUUCCUCCCAACGCACAAGUGAAGAAGGCGACGGUUUUUCUCAAUCCUGCAGCUUGCAGAGGCAAAGCAAGGACUCUAUUUGAAAAAAAUGCUGCCCCGAUUUUACACUUAUCUGGCAUGGAUGUGACUGUUGUUAAGACCGAUUAUGAGGGCCAAGCCAAGAAACUCCUGGAACUGAUGGAAAACACAGAUGUGAUCAUCGUUGCGGGAGGAGAUGGGACAUUGCAGGAGGUUAUUACUGGAGUUCUUCGAAGAGCAGAUGAGGCUUCCUUCAGUAAAAUUCCCAUUGGAUUUAUCCCAUUGGGACAGACCAGUAGUUUGAGUCCUACCCUCUUUGCUGAAAGCGGAAACAGAGUCCAACAUAUUACAGAUGCCACCCUUGCCAUUGUGAAAGGAGAGACUGUUCCACUUGAUGUCUUGCAGAUCAAGGGUGAAAAGGAACAGCCCGUGUUCGCAGUGACUGGCCUUCGAUGGGGAUCCUUCAGAGACGCUGGCGUCAAAGUUAGCAAAUACUGGUAUCUCGGGCCUCUAAAAACCAAAGCCGCUCACUUCUUCAGCACUCUUAAGGAGUGGCCUCAGACACAUCAAGCGUCCAUCUCGUACACGGGACCUACAGUGAGACCUCCCAGUGCAGCAGAAGAGAACCCUCUUCGGCCCUCUUUGUACAGGAGAAUAUUACGUAGGCUCGCGUCCUACUGGGCGCAGCCGCAGGAUGCCCUUUCCCAAGAGGUGAGCCCCAACGUCUGGAAAGAAGUGCAGCUGUCCACCAUCGAACUGUCCAUCACGACGCGGAACAGUCACCUUGACCUGACGAGCCAGGAAGACUUCAUGAACAUCUGCAUUGAGCCCGACACGGUCAGCAAAGGAGACUUCAUAACCAUAGGAAGCAGAAAGGUGCGGGACCCCGGGCUGCGUGCGGCUGGCACCGAGUGUCUCCAGGCCAGCCAGUGCACUCUGCUGCUUCCCGAGGGAACCGGGGGCUCUUUCAGCAUCGACAGCGAGGAGUACGAGGCGAUGCCUGUGGAGGUGAAGCUGCUCCCCAGGAAGCUGCGGUUCUUCUGCGAUCCCAGGAAGCGGGAACAGAUACUGCCCAGCGCGGCCCCGUGAGCCACCAAGGUGGGGAGCCGGCCACCCCCACGCUGCACUU